CCUGGGAAUAGAGUAAACUCAGCUCACAUACGCUGUGUGCGCUGCUGUCACAGUGUUUACAUUUAUUUUAUUUGAAUUACGGCACAACCUUGUCGUUUUUAGUAUAGGUUGGAUUUAAACGCAAGAAAAACAAGGAAGUCAAUUGUUGUUUUUUAUCAAGCUUCAGUAUUGUCCAGUACAUAUAAUAUUGCGCCCACGUUUUAUUGAAUAGAUACGAUUUUUGAAAGAAAUGGAGGUGCUCCUCCACGAGGAUUUGGCAGCUUUGUCAGAUUUGGAUGAACAAAGUUUGUUGGAAUCCCUGAGUCAACGGUUCAGACAAGAUCGCAUCUAUACCUACAUUGGGGACAUCUUGGUGGCCAUAAAUCCAUUUAAAUACCUUCCUCUGUAUGAGAAAGAGGUAUCAGAGAGCUAUAAGUACCAUGAGAAGACCAAGCUACCUCCUCACAUAUUUGCUGUGGCAGACAGGGCCUACCAGUCCAUGCUGGGACGGUUGGCCACAGGACCCCGAAACCAAUGCAUUGUGAUCAGUGGGGAGAGUGGAGCAGGAAAAACGGAGAGCACCAAGCUGCUGCUCAGACAGAUCAUGGAGCUGUGCAGAGCCAACUCUCAGCUGGAGCAACAGAUAUUACAGGUGAAUCCUCUGCUGGAGGCCUUUGGCAAUGCCCAGACUGUGAUGAAUGACAACAGCAGUCGCUUCGGGAAGUACAUUCAGCUGCGCUUCCACAACUCCUCAGUCAAAGGAGCUAAGAUCAACGAGUACCUCCUGGAGAAGUCUCGUGUGGUCCACCAGGAUGAGGGCGAGAGGAACUUCCAUAUCUUCUACUGCAUGCUGGCGGGCAUCUCCCCGGAGGACAAAGACAUGUAUGGACUCCUGGAUCCCACGCAGUACAGGUAUCUGAAUGGGCGGUACGGCUCGGAGGACAUAGUAAGGAAAUGGGGGGAGAAGUACAGUGAGGUGUGUAACGCCAUGGACAUGGUGGGAUUUGAGGAACAGGAGAAGGUAGACAUGAUGACUAUUCUAGCAGGGAUCCUUUCUCUGGGAAACAUCAUGUUUGAGCCCACAGAGACCGACGCUCUCAGGGUCACCGACAAGUCUAUGGGCUGGCUCAAAGCCACAGCCGGUCAGUUUGGGGUGCAGGAGGAGGAGUUGCUGAGGAGUCUGACCUGUACUCUGUCUGUAAUGAGAGGAGAGGCCAUCCGCAGGCUGCACAACCAGCAGCAGGCUGAGGAUGCCAGGGACUCCAUCGCCAAAGUGGCUUACGGGAGAGUAUUCGGCUGGAUCGUCAGUAAAGUUAACGAACUGCUGGCUCCCAACGUUGACUUUGACGUUGAGCUCAGUGAAAUAGGUAUCCUCGACAUCUUCGGGUUUGAGAAUUUUGCUGUUAACCGUUUCGAGCAGCUCUGCAUCAACCUGGCCAAUGAACAGCUGCAGUACUUCUUUAACCAUCACAUCUUUCUGAUGGAGCAGAAUGAAUACAAGGAGGAGGGCAUCGAGUGGGAAUCCAUUUCCUUCAAAGACAACAAGCCUAUCCUGGACCUGUUCCUCACUAAACCCAUUGGAAUCCUUUCUCUCCUGGACGAGCAGAGUGCCUUUCCCCAAGCGUCAGACAGAGACUUUGUGGACAAGUUGAACAGUAAAUUUAAAAGCAGCCCCCACUAUGAGGUGGUCCGGAGUCACAGCCCCCUCUUCACUGUGGUUCACUAUGCUGGGAAGGUCCAGUAUAAUGGACUAGGCUUUCUAGAGAAGAACAGAGACACCAUCCCAGCCAGCAUCAGAAGCCUCUUCAUUAACAGUGUCACGCCCCUACUCAGUCUCCUCUUCGCAGCCACAAUCUCCAGAACAGGCACCUUGAUGCCACGCAAAGCCAAGCUCAUGCAAAAGGCAGAUGACAACUUUAACUCAACUAGGAAACAGUCGGUCGGGGCCCAGUUUAAGCACUCUCUGGCUGUGUUGAUGGAGAAGAUGUUUGUUGCCAGUCCUCACUUUGUCCGCUGCAUCAAACCUAACGGCAGCAAGCUUCCUGAUCAGGUGGACAACAAAAUAGUCAUGGACCAGCUAAGAUACAACGGCCUGCUAGAAACCAUCAGGAUACGACGAGAUGGCUUCUCCUGGCGACCGUCGUUCAAAGAAUUUGCUCAGAGGUUCAACAUUCUGCUGAUCAAGCCAGAUUUACCACUAACCAAGGAAAGCUGCAUGUCCAUCCUCAACACUACUGAGAUACAUGGCUGGAAGUGUGGCUCGUCUCGUAUGUUCUUUAAGUAUUGGCACCAGGAGGAGUUGGCCAGGCUGUUAGAGAGACUUGGCAAGGCAGCACUUGUCAUCCAGAAAGACUACCGUUCAAUGCGCUGCAGGAGGAAGUACCUGUCCUUGCUGGUGGAAGUGCACAGACAGAGGCAGGCCCAGAGAGAGAGGGCAGAGAGAGAAGCCAGGGAGGAGGAGGAGAAGAGGAGGGAGCAGGAGCUGGAGGAGGAGAUGAGGCGACUGGACAUGGAGCAGGAGAACAAGAGGCCAUUCUCUCCACCUGUGCCCCUACCCAGGAAAAAGAAGCCACAGCCCCAGCCUCGCUCUACCCUGCCCACUGCUACCCACCUGGCUCCUGUCCCAUGGCCCCGCAGCAAACAGUUUGAGGCCACUCCCUUUGACAACCUGGAGGUGCAUAUUGAACUGGCUGAGCUGGUGGGCCAGGUAGGGGGAGAGGAGCGAGCUAGGGAGAGGAGCAAGAAGAGGAAGAACACCAUCCGCUGGUUCAAGGAGACGCAGGCCCGCAAGGUGGUCCACAAUGGAGCCUUCCCCUGCUGGUUCCAUGGCAUGAUUACACGCAGACAAGCAGAGGAUUUGAUGACGGACAAGCCUGUGGGCUGUUUUCUGAUUCGUGUGGGACAGAGCCGGGAGGGCUACACACUAACAUAUAAGGGGGCGAACCGCUGCAGGCACUUUAUGAUUGAGAUGCAGUCCAAUGGGAAGUAUGUGAUCCUGGGGGAGGAUAAAGCCCACCCCUCCCUGCCUGAUCUGGUGCAACACCACAGCCAGGUGGGCAUCAAGCCCUUCAACGAGCUGCUCAGCACGCCCUGUGGACAGACAUGUGACCAGAACACAGACUAUGAGGACUUGAAGGGCCUGGACCUCCUGGCUACAGCCAACCACGGGAGCCCCAAGUCUGGGGAGGAGGGUGAGUCAACCCCCGACCCUGUCCACCUGGAACUCCAGCGGCUCUUCCUGCCCCCGGGGCAGGGCCCCAGCCUGGAGUCCCAGAGACCACCUGUCCUCAGGCGGAUAUCUGACCGAAGACACCGGGCCGUGGCUGGAGGAGGGGAGGCCCGUGGAGGGAGUAGAGGGGAGAGAGGAGAGGGGGAAGAAGAGGAGGAUGAGACUGACUACAAGAGCAGGUCAUUCCCCCGGUUGUAUCCUUCCAUCCGAUUGGCUAUGAGGGAGAUCCAACAGCAUUUUCCAGAUGGCCAGGAUCAGAGCCCCUCUAUCUCCCACAGUACCACCAACCCCUCCUGGAGGAGGACCGAUUCAUAACCCAUGGGAUGGAGGGAGUUAAUGCUAUUUGUUGUUUUUCCCCAACUGAAUGAGUUAACUGGACCAUAUUCUGUCUAAGCUUUAUCCAUGAACAAAUUGUAAGGAGAUACAUCCUUGUUUACUAGUAUUUUACUCUGUAACGAUUUAAAUUGAUGUGUGUUAAGGGGUUUUAUGUUUCUGAUUGUAUUGUUGUUUAUGUUUAUUUAAAUGUAAAUUAUGCAGUGGGAAUGUUUACAUUCUGUGAUUUACUGAAUAUUUUUAUUUGUUUACAUUUUAGAUAUCUGGUUGUCCUCAAGUUUGUUUUUUUCCCCCAUCAUAAUAAAAUCUGCAUGAAAAUGCUUCGGUGUUAACACA